UUGCAAAUUGUACAACAUGACAGACUUAUGACAUUGUAGUUCUUGCGUUCGGCUUUGUUCACAUGCAUCAUGGACGCAGCAGUACUUGUCCAACAUAAUAUGAAACCACCCAGUCCAAACCCAUUGAAAUGUCCUCCAUCAGGACCCCUACAGCCGCUAUCUCCUGAGCGAGUCAACCAGCAACAUCUACUCCAGUCUCCUCCUUUCAACAACUACCUCGUCGAAAAUGAUCGGCCUCGGAGUCGCGACUCCAUGACCUCUGAUGUCCAAUCUAAAGUAGCCUUCCUGAACAGUCUGGCUGGCAUUGCCAAUGGCAGUGUCCCCUCCUCACCAACAAGACCUGCACGGAAAAACAACGACAGUAACAAUGCGCUUCAACGUGCGGUCAUGGGAUAUGAAGAGGCCCAAGCCAGCCUCGCGAGUCUAAAUGCCGAGCUAGAACGGGAAAGAGAGGAAUUGGCCUCCAGAAAGAAGAGAGAGCGCAUGCUGGCGCAAAGAGUGGAACAACUACUGGAAGAAUUGCAGACCGAGAAGGUCAAACGCAGUCGUGACCAGGAGGCGUACGCAAAGGAAAUCAAAAGAUGCCGCAAAGAGGCUUACCGCGCCGAAUUGGCGGUGGUAGAGGCACGACAGGACCUGCAGGAGGCUAGGAGUAAUUUGAAGAAGUCUCAAGCCGAAGUCCAGCAUGAAAAGACAGAAAAGGAGAAGAGUCGGCAAGAGAGCUUCGAGAGGGCGUAUGCGCUUGCUGGGAUGGUGGGGGAGAUGGAGCAACUGAAAGAUCAGCUGAAAGUCGUCGAAAAGCAGCGAGAUGCUGCAUUGUCGGAGGUCAAGACCAGCAAUCUGGACACGGAUGCGAACCAUAACGAGCAGGAAAACUUCCCGUCAAACAGAGACUUUGAUGACCGGCAGGAGGAGCAACCGCAGUUCACGCGAGUGGCUCAUGUGGAAUCACAACCUGCCUCGUUUGCAUACCCACCCCCAGCGACAGGCUUGGAGGCACUGAGGUUCCGUCUCAACUACCACGACAAACAGAUGGAAGGAGCUGAGAUUUCACCACAGGAAGAGAUUCAAUUUCUCAAGCAGGAAUUAAGAUAUGCUCGGAUGCAACAUGCCGAGGAUGCUGAUAUGAUACAUUUCAUGAACAUGCAAUGUCAAUUCAAGGCUUGCCCGUGUCGACAGGCGGAAGAGAAAGGUGAACGAUUCAUCCACGAUCAUGCAUACGAAGCCUUCAUGCAAGAUCAACGAGCUUCAAAAAAGAGAAGGAUUUCGAACGAGGCUCAUGUACAGCGUUUUCAGCAAUCCACAGGUCAGGUACAUCAGAGUUCCGAGACCGCCUCAGAGACGAUACCGGAACUGAGGGAAGCAGAGCCAUGCGCAUUACCCCCCGAGCCCACCCCAGAUAUCCUGUCGAGGCCCGCAGGAGAUCCAAUCUCACUCGAAGAAGCUGUGGAGGUACCUCUACCUGAGCCGCAGCCAAUGGAGCUGGAUGUGAAGGACGUCACCCCCGAACCAACGGCCCAACUGGAAGAAAUCACUCAAGUCCUAGUCGAGCCAGGCACAGCAUCAAAACCCUUCUCUUUCUCAACCUCUACAAUGAGCAAUCCUGCUAUUACAGUUCAAACUCCAUCUUUGCGUCAUACCACAACGGCACCGUCUGCUCUCGAGCAGGACCUUUUUGACCUGUCUCCGCCAAAACAGGCACCUCCUCGACGGCCCUCAACUGCUAUAGGCGUACUUACCAUCGACUCUCCCAUCCGCCUCGUUCCAGACUCACCUCGAUCAGCCAGGACCUCUUACUACGACGAUACUACAAGCAUGACCCCCGCCUACGACUUUAAUCACACAAUCACCACGACGACCAAGAUUGCGCUGAAAGGCUCGCCACAACGUGACAGUCUGCACAGACGAGCACAGUCCCGACCCCACGAUCGAAGCCACUCUCCUUUGGUUCCAGCAGAGUCAGGACCACACGGCAUGUUUUCCAAGGAGUCGUCGGCUUCACCAGCAAGUGCUACGGUGUUUCCAAUCACACCCGCGCACAAGCACUCGAGAUCAAUGCACGAUUUAGCACAGCACGCCCAAUCUCAGCCUCGGCCACACCGAAGCCCUCCACAAACUAUUGGCAGGACUACUACCACGACUAGAGUUCCUCUUCGCGGGUCCGGAUUUGCAGAUGGAAGUGAAGAAAAUGCACAUGUCCGCGUGUUCGAGCACGCUCAAACGGAGAUCUUGAAUGUCAACAUCAAUCCUCCGAUGGGUUCUAUGAUGACCGUUUCACACCGCACAGUGUCCCAGACAAGCACAAAUUCAAUCCUAGGCAACGCUCCCGGCACACCGAUCUCGCGCGAAGCAGCGCUGGCACAGAUUCGAGCGAGACGAGACAGGGCCAGAAGUAUCAACCUCAAGUUGUCCACGGAUAGUAACAAGCUGAAUGGUGCGGCCGGGAAGACGAGUCCGACGAAACCAAAAGUUCUGGGAGUGAACGGCAUGGUCGUUGGAGGGUUGUUCGCGAGGGAUAAAGAGAAUGUGCGGAGAGAGAUCAGCCAGGCCAGUGCACCGGGACGGAUGGCUUUUUGAGUAGAACGUUCAAGGUUGGAUAUGGACGUAUUGGAGUCGCGUGGAUGAGUGUGGUGUUUACGUGAGCCAGAGACUGGUAGUGUGUGUAAAUGAUCUGGACGCAGUACGGAUGUGUUCACCACGACAGUGGUUAUCCUGCAUAGCGAGUAAUUUAUUAUGUUGAACGAG